AUGUAACCAUCCAGCCAAAGCUUAGAAGGGUAUUAGGAAAUUAGAAUGAAAUUCUCAAGUUCAUGGACAUUUAUGCUUACAUCAUUAGGAUUUGCAGCUGGUUUUGGAAGUGUUUGGAGAUUUCCAUAUCGUAUAAUAUUGAUAAUAAAAUAUUGUUUAGUUGUAUUUAAGAAUGGAGGAGGGACAUUCUUAAUACCAUACUUUAUUUUGGUUUUUACUUUAGCUAUUCCAUUAUUUUUUUUAGAAGUUGGUUUGGGGCAAUGCAAAGGGAUUGGAAUGGCACAUUUAUUAGACUUAGAAAAACCAAAGUUAAGAGGAUUUGGAUAUGUUGGAAUAGUAAUUUGUGCAUAUAUAUCUACUUAUUAUGUAAAAACUUUGAAAUAAUUGUAGAAUUUAAUAAUGGCAUAUUCUUUGAGAUAUUUGUGGGAAUCGUUUAAAUACCCUAUUCCAUGGUUAGCGAGCAUAGUUGAAUAGAAUACGCCAUUUUCAAGAGAUUACUUCUAUGAUUCUAUAGUUUAGAUGUCCACCUCAAUUACUGAUUUAAGUAAUUAAAAUAAAAUACAAUAGAUCAUAUUAUUUGGAGUCUGUUUAUAGCAUACAUAGUUUCUUUAAUAAUUGUUUACUUUUGUAUAAAGUACAUAUUGAUUGUUAUAGUAUUAGAGAAGGAGUUGAAACUUCAGGAAAGGUAGCUAUAGUGACAGCCACUUCCCCUUAUGUUUUAUUAUUGAUUUUAUUAAUAAGAGGCUUAUUGUUAGAGGGUUCAAGUGAAGGAAUUUAUUAUUUAUUUAAACCAGACUUUGUGAAACUAUUUAAUCCUUCAGUUUGGGUAGAUGCUGCUAAUUAGGUUAUCUUUUAAAUGUCAGUUGGACAAGCUAUUCUUUGUUUAUAUGGUAGUUAUAGAAAAAAAGAGGAUAAUUUACCUAAUUUUUCUUUUGCUAUUCCAUUAUUAACUGCAUUAUGUGGAAUGUUAGCCGGUUUAGUCGUAUUCAGUUAUAUAGGACAUGUUAGUUUAAAAUUCAAUAUACCAAUUUCAUAAUUACCUGUAUUUAUGAGAACGAUAAUUAGUUAUCUGGUCCUGAUUUGGCAUUUGUUUUAUACCCAGCAAUUUUAGCUUAGAUGCCAAUGCCAAACUUAUGGUGCAUUUUAUUCUUUUUAGUAUUAUUAUUGUUGGGAAUUGAUACUCAAUUUGGAUUUGUAGAUGGAAUCGCAGGGACAAUUGAGGAUAUUUAUUUAGGGGAGGUGAUCGUUUUGGGAUAUAAAUUGACUGUUCAAUAAGUUAGAUUAUGUGUUUGCAGUAUAUUAGGAGUAAUAGGUUUAAUCUAUUGCACAGAUGUUGGAUUUUAUUUAUUGAGUUUUGUGGAUACUUUUGGAACUAAUGUUUCUUUUAUGUUGGGAGUAUUAUUUGAAGUGUUUUACUUUGGAUCAAAAGAGAGAUUUGAAUAAUUGAAGAAGGAUUUAGAGUAAUAUGGGAAUCAUGUGCCUUGGCUAAUUGAAUUUUCAUUAACCAAACUAUGUCAUUAUACAGUUAUUGUGUUACUCAUAAUAUCGGUUAUCUCAUAAAUGAAAAGUUCUCUUGAUUAUUCAUUUUAUGUUGUUCUGAUCGGAUGGUUCAUCUCAUUUUCUCCAUUUAUUGCUGCCAUUAAGAUUUAUUUAGAGUAAUUACAUUGUUAAUGUAUUUCAUAGGAAUCGCAAUAGGAUUGACAUGAGCAAGACUGAUUUGGAUAUAGAGUUACUGACAAAACAAGUAUAAUAGUGAUUUUUUUAAUAUUAUCGUGUAACCAUUUCAUAUUUAUAAAAUCACAAUAUUAUAUUAUAAGUAGUUAAAUUAGAAUGGGAGCAAAUUGUUCAAAUUGCAAUUAAUGUUAAAAAGAUAAAAUGGAAUUAAAUAACGAAGUAGAGGUUACGAAAAAGUCAGAUAGUCAUAAAGCAUCAUCCUUUUCCCAACAAUCAUCGAACAGUUUAAUCGAUGGUGUAAUUAAAUUGAAAUUAUUGAAAGAAUGAUUUAAAGUAGACAAAGUGCACUCCUAAAGAAUAAAAGAACACGAAGUUUUCCGUAUUUUCAGACGAUCAAGAGAAAGAAAAAAGUCAACAGAAUAAACUAAACGACAAGGCAAUUGUGAUAUAGAAAAAUUGGAAAGCUCAUAAAGCCAGAGAAAGCUACAAGGAAGUCAAGAAAUCAUUGUCAGAAUCCUAAAAGGCGAAUGACAAACAACAAUAAUAAUAAUAAUAAAAUGAUUAAGCUACAGUAGCCAGUAAGGAUAAAAAGAAAUACUUUAAUUCAUUAGAAUUUGGAAGUACUAUUAGAAUUUAUUAAAAUAGUAAAUAAUGCGAAUAAUGUUUAAUCGAGGGAGAAACGACCUCUAUUUGUAUUUAAGAGUGGUGCAACUUAUGAAGGAGAAUGGGUAGGGAACAAAAGGGAUGGCAAAGGAGUAUAGAUAUGGCCUGAUGGAGCUAGAUAUGAUGGAGAAUGGGUAGAUAAUAAAGCAUGUGGAAAGGGCAGUUUCUAUCAUGUGGAUGGUGAUUCCUAUAUUGGAGAAUGGGCAGAUGAUAGAGCCAAUGGUUAUGGAGUGUAUAGAUAAAAUAAUGGAGCUGUAUAUGAAGGAUAUUGGCGUAAUGAUCAAUAGCAUGGGAAGGGAGAAGAGAAAUGUAAGAUCUUAAUUUAGAAAAUAGGGUCUGAUUUGUCUAGUUAUAAAGGGGAUUACUUUGAGGGUAAGAAAUAAGGGAAAGGAAAGUAUAUGUGGCCAGAUGGGAGUUAUUUUGAAGGAGAUUGGUUUGAGAAUAAGAUAAAUGGAUAUGUAAUGAUAGUGAUGUUGAUUUGUUUAGGGAGAAUAUUAUUGGUCAGAUGGGAGAAUUUACAAAGGGUCAUGGCAGAAUAAUAAGAUGCAUGGGGAAGGCGUAUAUUAAUGGGCUGAUGGGAGAAUAUAUCAUGGUUCUUAUGUGGAUGACAAAAAACAAGGAGUUGGGAAAUAUAAGUGGCCAGAUGGGAGACAGUAUGUUGGAGAAUGGCAUGAUGGGAAACAACAUGGAAAAGGAAAGUACAUAUUACCAGAUGGGAAGACCAAAUUUGGAGUAUGGGAUUAGGGAAGGAGAUUAAGGUGGACUGAAGAAUGA